CCGUGCAUUUAAAUCAGUGAAGUUGAAAAUGAUGUUUCUCUACGAAUGGUUCCAGUGUCUCUUUGUUGUUUUCCUUCUUCAAACAAAAUGCAUUGUCUUAAAAGUGAUAUGCUGUUGACUGUUACUUCCAAAAUGAUCAAUGCUAUGAAUUUUUCUAAAUCAUCAUCACCAUCAUCAUCCGUACAUGAAAAUAGAUUUUAUUUUCAGUGCUAACAAUAAGCAGGAAUGUAGGUAUAAGUUAAUUCAUGUGGAGCAUCAUGGAGAUCAUUGUUUUCCUUGACAUGCAAUGCCAUCAGAUAAUAGGCUUCCUCAUACCUUUGAUGGUAAGUUUUUUUCUUCUAUACAGUUACUGCAGGUAGGGUAAUUUAUUAAAAUGUGAGGGUUAUACUUACAUUAAAGUGCAAAUAAGAGAAAACAAGUUGGCCACAAAAUUUCUGUCAGUGUUUUUUGUUGAACUCCUCACCUUUUGCUCUGUUUUCAGAUAAUAAAUUUUAAUACUUAAUCAUAUCUAACAUAACCUGUCUGAUUUGACGUGUUUAUUUUAGCUUCUUAUGGACCCACUUGUUCUCAGUGUUCUGUAUGUUUGGUGUCAAGUGAACAAAGACAUGAUUGUACAGUUCUGGUUUGGAAUGCAGUUUAAGGUGGAGUACUUUAUUUUUUUUUGGUCUUAUCUUGGCCCUUUCUUCCUAAAAGAAGACAUAUAAACACCUUAGUGCUGGGCAAUCCGUAAGGUGUCCCUUCAGGACUUAAACAGAUUAAUACUACAAUGCUUUUUGCAUGCAGUUAAUGUUUCAAUAGGAGAAGCUCUAAGUGUAGUUACUUCGUUACUUGUAUUACUACAGUUACAGUACGGUAAAAUUCUGAUUAUAAGCCCUGGGCUUACACAACUUCAUGAGGGGUCUAACAGGGCUUAUAAACAGUACUGGUGGACUUAUAACUGGACUAAAAAAGUGUUUCAAAAAACAAGUUACAAAGCAGUGUUUAUCAAAAUACUUUUUGAAUUUGAUCACUUUUUCAAGCUUCAAAAUGUCCUAAAAAGUUGAAUUCACUUUAAUUCAUGCUAUAGGGGUGCUUUUAUCUGAGUGUCGGGGGGAGCUUAUAACUGGAUCUAUUUUUUUUGUUUGCAGUUAGAUGGGCCUAUAAAGGGGGGUUUAUAAUCAUGGGAAGUUUACAGUAUAUCUGUUUUGGUUCAAUUUUGUCCUUGGUCUAAAUUUUAUUUUGCUUUGUUUUGGGGUAAAAUGGUAAUAUAGGAUAAUGAGUUUGAUAAUGAGUUUGGGUAUGGUAAUAUAGGAUAAUGAGUUUGAAACAAAGGAAAAUAAAAUUUGAACCAAGGAUAAAAUUGAACCAUAACAUAUCCUAUUUUAAGACUCUUUUAAUGUCCUUAAUUUUAGCUGUUAUUAGCUCAUGACGAGUUCAGUGACACUAGGAAAAAAAGUAAAUGAUUGUUGGUGUUUUAAGACAGAAUCCACCAGGAAAUUGAGUAAUUUUAAUUUUCAGUGGACAAAAUCCCUGUACCAGAAUAAUAAAUUAUUUAAAGAAUAUUGCAUUCUUUUUACAUUUUUCAAGGGCUAAAGAUGUAAUUAGUCAUCUGUAAUAACACCAAAGAAAAUUUUUCAUGGGAGUCUGAGAAAAUGAAUGUCAAAUUUCACAAGAAUGUGAAACCACAGGUAAAAUUCUGAAAACUUUGUGUUUUAGAUGUCAAUUUGUGAAAUUUGACAUUGAUCAUUUUCUGGAGCUCCCGUAGGAAGUUUUCUUUGGUGUUAUUACAGAUGACUAAUUGCACCUUUAGCCCUUGAAAAAUGUUAACUUGUUAAAUUAUUGCCGUGAUACCUUGAAAAUGAGCCCUGAACGUCUACAAGCUGUCUUGGUUUAACUGAGAGGACAGUGCCCCACCAACAAGCAGUGCAGUACUAUUGAAUCUGUGCUAGUUUGGGCUGAAGCACAGGGUUACAAGGCAGGGCUGUCAAUAAGGGCCAGUAGCCCGCCAAAACUGCCGGGUAGUUAGCCAUCCUUAGCUGGCUACUUUUAUCUCCUUCUACCAUAACUGCUAACAAAAAAUAAGCACCAUCAAAUAAAAUGGUAAAGCAGUUGUUUCCCAGUUUUGAAUGACAUUGAACACAUAUUUACCAGUUAACAGGUUUAGAUCUGUGAAACAUUCUAACCGUGUAAUGUCAUGGAUUGCCUGCUUUUGCGACGGCAUUGUUCCCAGUCUUAUGUGUAUUCUGACGAAACAACACAGCAUCUGCGGUGGAAAAUACCUCGUGAAAACCCCUGUGAACGUCAUUUCCGAGACUCCAAAUUUCUAAAUGUCCCUAGAUGCCUCAGCCCUCAAGAACUUGCGCCUUUGGUGCGAGUUCCAAAGUCGCCUACUAUUCAUUAUCAGCCUGCUACUUAAAAGAAUUUUGACAGCCCUGCAAGGUUGCAAUUUUCAACUUUUUAGAUGUUACUUCUUCAUAGUUUAUCUUUCAGUCUUUGUUUUCAUCAUCACUUUUUCCCAUUUUUUAACUUUUCUUCUUUCAGUCCUGGGUUUACCCAAUGUCAAAGUAAUUGUACCACCUAAAAUAUAAAUAUAUGUACGUAUCUUGUGGUUCAAUUUUAUCCUGGUUGAAAUUUUAUUUCCUUUUGUUUUUGGGUAUGAUAGUGGAUGAUAAUGAGUUUGAAUAAAAAGGAAAUGAAUUUAAACCAUGGAUAAAGUUGAACCACAACAUAUAUUUUUGAUCCUGUUUGUUGCUGACAUGACUUUUUUGUUCUUUUUAUGGUGAUAAGUGGGUGGGAAAUAGUCGUAUGAAUAAUUUUGACUUGUCUUGUGUUUUUAGCAUAUCAAAUUAUUGUAUAAUAAAUUUUUCUACCAAAGUAUACUGAGAUACAAGAAAGAAUCCCCAGUCCGUGGUCCGUAAUGACAGUGCUGAUGAUAAAUAAAUUGCUGACUAUCUUUGCUGCUUCGUCCUCAGGCAAUGUAUUUACCAUGGGUGCUGGCAAUAUUUAACAUGAUCCUUCAGGGAGGGUAUGUAGCACCUUUUUUCUUUGCACAGAAUGUAGAACCAUUUCUUGCCCAUUUCUUUGAAGAAAUUUACACUUCCAGUUCUAAGGAGGCAUGCUACAAAUUCAUCAGUAAACCAGCAACAAAGCGAAAAAAAUCAGAUUAUUUAAAAAGUUCAAACUGUUUUAAUCACAGAAUACAUAGUCAUGUAGAGAAAGCUUGUUAACACUGGUGAUAGUUUAUGCCGCUUUGGUUCUUAUUAUUAGUCAAACUUUUCAACUCACUAAUGUGAGCCUACAAACGGUGUUCUUGUGCAUUCUGAGGAAUGCAUAAUAACAGUAUUGCUUGUUUGAAAAAGGAACCAGUAAGGUUAAGUUGAACUUUAGAUUUUUGAUGGUAUUUGCUGUAGUGUGAGAGUAACUAUGUAGUCCAUUGAAAAAUUGUUAGGGCAACCGUAACAGUAAGUAAACUUGACUUUGUUUGAGAUUUCUAAUGGCCCUUCUGUUGGUUUGAUUUUCAGUGGUAUUAUGGAGCUUAUUGGCAUCUUUGUUGGACACCUUUAUUUUUUUCUCAUGUUCAAGUACCCACAAGAUUUUGGAGGACGUCGCUUCCUUUCCACUCCUUCCAUACUGUAAGAAUUCAAUAAUUUUUUUUGUAUUAAUAACACUGAGGUUUGUCCUAUUUUAAAGAGAUCUUAAUGAGAUGGUAAUAUAAAAGCCCAUAAAACAUGUGGUACAUGUAAGCCCCAUUUUAGCCGUGUCUUCGUGUACAAGGUUUUUCCUCGACGAGUUUCCUCGGUUGUGUAAAUGGUAAAACUUGACAAUUUUCCACCCUGUCAAGGAAAAACUUGUCGAGAAAUUUUCAAAUUUUCAUGAUCGAGUUUUACUCAUGCAAUGGAGCCUUGUGAGUAUGUAAAUUUUGGGAAUUAUAUUCCAGUUAUGACGUCAGAUCUAUAGAAGUUUGCCCUAAUAAUUACAAAAUAACUCCAUUCCCUUUUGUAAGUGGGUAUACAGACUGUUAACUUGUUUCUUUACGUUACUUGCAUUGUAAUCAACGUAGUUUUGCGAAAUACGUUAGAACCCUCAGAAACCUUUAUAUUCGAAGAAGUUAUUUCGUAGAAAUUUUCACAUUGCUGCUAAUACACCUUUUUUUACCCCUCAAAUUUUUGCAUAACCAUUGUUUCCAAUAUCCCAUGCUCGAUGUAUUAAGAUUCUAAAAUGACUCCGAAGCUUUAGGAAAAAAAUUGAAAAUUUUUCUCGACUCCAUUUUCUCGCAAUUCUCAGACGAGACUUGAGCACAAAGAAAACCAAACCAAGGGUCAAUUUAAUAAAACUUUUACAAGUGUGAUUUACAAGUGUAGCCAUUGUCGUAGGGCCUGUUUACAUGGAGUGGGGGACCCCGGUCUAGUGGGGUUGGUUUCUUUUGUUUUCACGCUCUGAGGGACUCAAAACAAAAGAAAACUACCCCACUAGACCGGGGUCCCCCACUCCAUGUAAACAGGGUCUUAGAGUCUGAAAACAAAAGCUAUACUUGUAAAUUACAGUUGUAAAAUUUUCAUUAAAUUGGCCCAAAUAUAGAAAUAUGAGCAGAAAGACUCGGAGUCAUGUUAGAAUUUUAAUAUAUCGAAUGUGGGCUAUUUCUCCUGCGUAUUUAAGUCGUACUAAUAAAUUGAAGACAAUACUUCCAAACUUUGGGUGGGUAAACAAAGGUUGCUUACCAAUUAAACAAACCCACCGGGAGGAAAUCUUGAUAUAUUAACUUGGUGGCAGAACUGCCCGCUAGAAAGUGCAUCCAAAUCAGCUGAAGAGACUUAGGAGAGUAAACAAAUUUCAUCGCCUUAAAUAACAGCCCGUAUUUUCUGAAGCUCUGCAAACAGAAUGGCGCGUACGCUUUGAUUUUUCAUCCGCAAUUUCCGUUUUUUCCAUGUAAAUGGUAAGUACUCGACGGUGAAUUCAGAAUAAUAAAAGAGGACACUUUUAUUAUUUUUUACAGGUACAAGUUUCUCCCUAACCGACAGGGAGGGGUAAGUGGGUUUGGUGUCCCUCCGGCGAGCCGCAGACCACGUGACCAAAACGACGGUGGUGGAGGUGGUGGGUGGGGAGGCUGGGGACGAGGUCAACGCCUUGGCGACCAGUAAAGCUUGAAAUUAGCCCAAUAUCCGUGGAGACUAGAUUCCUUAAGGUGACUCGACCCAGUUUUUUUUGGGGGGUACCAUCCUACUUUG